CGAGCAUGAGGAUCGCUUUGCGAGAAUUGCAUCAGCUUAGGUGUUUCUUGAUAAUAUCAACGUAUCCAAGGUAUUCUUCUUCUGAUUCCUUUCCCAAAAUGGUUCUGGAUCUAGAUCUUUACAGGGCUGACAAAGGAGGUAACCCGGAAAAAAUUCGUGAAAAUCAGAGCAAGCGAUAUAAGGACACCACCUUGGUAGAUCAAGUAGUUGAAGCGGAUGCAAAAUGGAGGAAAUGUAUGUUAUGACACCGUGUAUUCAUUAUUCAUGUAAGACUGCAAUUUACGAACAGAAACUUUAAAUUAUAAUUUUAUUUUUAAAUAGUACGAUUCUCUGCUGAUAAUUGGAAUAAACUCAAGAAUGUAUGCAGUAAGCAGAUCGGCGAAAAGAUGAAGGUAAAUUAAACUUGAAGCAACAUCCCCCUCUGCAAUACAAAUUCAGCUUUUUUAUCAGUAUCUAUGUACACGUGUAAGGUCCGUAUUUUGUUUGCCUACGUGACAGUUUUGUUCUCUAACCUCUUUAAUACCUCACCUACUUAACUCAAUGCACUGCUUCUUUGUAAAAUUGUGGUUGCUUAUAAAUUCAGGACCUCGAGCUUGAGGGUCCUAGCCAUACUUUUUCAGGCGGAUGCAAAACAAUUUUCUGACCAUAAACUAACAUCUAAAUAUGUUCUUCUCUGCAGCAAAAAACAAACAACACCAAAGAGACUAAGACACUUCCUGUUGAUAUCGUUGUUGGGAUGAUUACACCAUUCACCCUUUUGUUACCAAUUUACCUCCCUUAAGCAACAUCGUAUUUGUUACAGUAGACUUUCUUUUCUUGAGCACAACCUUGAACAAAGGAGAGGGAGUUGCACAACAGAACAAUUUUAUGUGAUCAGGAGAAAAUAAUGUUUUCACUUCCAUGAUAUUGUCUUGCAUACCAUUUUUAAUGCUUAUUAAAGAAAUAGAGAGAGAGCAAUACUCCAAUGUCCCUGUUUUGCACUUUUCCUAGAGUGUAUAUUCAAUCACUUUUGUUUGGAUAGGGAUCUUAAAGUUUUUAAUUUUGUAAAAAGUUAUUAAAAAUAAUUUCUCCACCUUAAGCUAAAUUAAUGCUUCUGAUAUGUGAUGAUGAAAAUGAUGAUUGUUUUUAGCGAAAAGAACCUGUUGGUGACAGUGAUGCACUACCUCAAAAUAUAGUGGAUGCAUUGGAAGUAAUUACUCCAGACAUGUUAGAGGUAAACUUUCAUUUUUAGGUCUUCACUUUAGGUAAAGAUAAUUUCCUAAGUCUUGGUGUGAUCCCUGACUAAAAGUGUUCAGAAAGGUUCCUGAGAAAUAAAUCCACAUCAUCUUUGAAGGUAAUGAACCUAUCAUAGGCUAAGAUUCAUUUUUACCCAAGAAUGGAAUGGAAGGUGUGGUGGAUUUUUUUUGCUUUGUACAGUAGAAGCCAACAAUUCCUAGUUCAUUCAAAUCCCCUGCUGACCUAAACAAAAUCUGAAUUCCCCUCAAGUUGACCCAAUUUUCCAGUCAUUUGUAUCAGCUGACUUGACCUCAGUUAACUUGAACACCCUGUUAACUCAAACCAAUUUUACUUUCUGCUGGCCCAAAUUUAUCCUGAUAACUCAAAUAUUAAGCAAAAAGGUUGGUUGAUAAAUGUCAAUGCGUUACAACAUAGUUGAUUGACACAUCUCAAUCUUUAAUCCUAAUACAUUUAGGUAAACUUCCCAAACUGAACAUUCAUAUAAAAAAGCUCUCAUAUAACUAACUAGAUACAUAAAAAUGACUGUUGAUUGUACAAGAAUGAUAAAAACAUGAUUCCUGGAUUAAUCCCAGGAUUAACAGGAUAAUUUACCAAUCAACUCUGGCAACUCUAACUUCUGCUUACUCAACCUAAUUUUCAUUUCUAGAAGGAUUUUGAGUUGGUAAGAUUCAUACUAAUUUUUACUAUGUCUGUUUAGGAAGCCACAUGAGAAAGCUUAACAUUAAUAUUUGAAAAUUUCACCAUCAAUUUUGUUUUCUUCAACAGGCUUUAACAGUUACCCAGAUCAAGGGUGUACGAACACUCAUUGAUGAAAAUAUGGCCAAAUGUAAUGAAGAAGUUGGGAAGGUGGAACAACUAAGGAAUGAGAAGUUAUUUGAAGUUGGCAAUCUUUUGCAUGAGUCAGUUCCUAUUAGUAAUGAUGAGGUAUGUGAAUUUAAUAUUUUCAAUGUUUGGACAUUGAUCUGCUUUGGAUUUUUGGUGCUGAGCUGGAAACCAGAGUGUAUUAGUGAGAAUGUCUGUCAAGAAUGUAGACAUUGGAUAGUUUGGUGGCUAUGUACAGAGCAAAGUUGACAAACAUUUUCUUACCAGGGAGACUACAGACAUUAGGCAGUGAACAGGGUGUUGAAUUUUCUUUAUCUCCAAUACUUCUAUUGUAUAGUUAAAACAUUGCUUUCAAUUGACUUGACAGAAGACAGUACCUUGGAGAAGCUACAUUGCCUUUUGUUUGACUCUUUUGAUUCCAGUGGAUACUAAACUGAAUAAAUGAAAAGAGAAAAAGAGGACUUAGGUUCUGAAAGUCCCCCGACAUUGCAGGAUCGUUACCUCCCUGACUUUGAAAGUCACAAUUUAAUGCAUGUUUUUUGUCUUGGGUUGAUAACAUUUUGAUAUUAAAGGGCAGAAAAAUGUUCAUACAUUCAACAAUUGUUGCUAAAGUAAAUGAAGCUUGAAAGAGCACAGGCAAAAUCAUUGAGCAUAAGUUAGCUAUGAUAUGUUGGCUUUUUGACUUAAAAAAGGCUGAAAGGAUUCUGUAUGUUUUUAUUUGUUUUGCUGUUUGACAGCAAUACUUCUCUGUCAAUAACUUCACUUAGAACUUUCUUUUUCUUGAAAAGUUUUUACUCUAUUUUGAUAUUUAGUUAUUUUUUUCUUGUUUCAGGAUGACAACAAGGUUGAAAGAACUUGGGGUGACAGUUCUAUCAGGAAGAAAUACUCUCAUGUGGAUCUGGCUUAUAUGGUAGAUGGAGUUGACACUGAGAGAGGUGCAUCUGUGGCAGGCAGCAGAGGCUAUUUUCUCAAGGUUGACAUUAUCCCCCAUAAGGAUAUAUUUUUCUUUAAAGUUAAACAUUCCUUACAUUGUUAUAAGUGCACAUCACUUUAUCAAAUAUUUUUCUUAUUGAAUUCUGCAAAACAUUAACUUUGUGACAUGUUAUAGAAAUGUACUGAAAGUAUGAGAUAAUAACAGGUUUUCACCACAGAUAUUAAUUUUAAAGGAAGUCAUUUUUUAUACCUCUUUUGAUGUAAAUGUAUAUCCAUUAAGCUGCACUCGCAUUCCACAGGAUUACCAGUGUAAACUUGUGCAGUGUGCUACUGAAUUUAUCUCCCUUUCUCUCCCUUUAAAAUUCAGCAUUAAUGUUAUCCUUCUUCACUAUAUACAGUGCAUGAACAGUGUAUUGUUGUUUUGUCUGUAUGUUUAGCUCUGCUUAGAGUGUAUUUUAUUUCCAGUAAGUAUAAUAGCAUUUAGAACGUGUUUUCAUCCUUACCUUUAAACAUCCAAACUGAAUCUAUCUUUUAAUGUUUUUCAGGGGCCUCUUGUAUUCUUAGAGCAAGCUCUCAUUCAGUUGGCAACACGGAUGUUGUACAAGAAAGGUUUUGUUCCUCUCUACACACCUUUUUUCAUGAGGAAGGAAGCUAUGCAAGAAGUUGCACAAUUAAGUCAGUUUGAUGAAGAGCUGUAUAAGGUCUGUAAUGCAAUUUACUUUUUAUGUACAAUUUUUCCUAGAAAAACAAUGUUUUUUGGAAUGAACUUUGAAUACUUCAAAUGAAUAUUCAUCCUGUCACCCAAGAGGACUAAGGAGGAUUGUUGUUUGAUCUCUCUUUAUCUAAGAUGACUUCUUAACUAAUCAUGUGUAGAGAAACAAACUUACACUUCCCAGUUUAUGGUAAUUUAAUUUGCUUGGUAUUAGGACCAAACCUUAUAACACAAUGUACUGUUGCACUUCUACAGUAUUAUGGUGAGUUUAUCUAUUUAAAGGUGUAGGGAUAGCCUGCAGUGCAGGCUUAAUUUUGGCCAGCUAGAGCUCAGUAUUUUCUUAGCAACAAUUAUUGCAGCCAUCCUUGAUUUUAACAGCAGCAGAAUGCUGGGGAGAGAAAGAAAUUUGUACCAAGGGGGUAAGUGACAAGUAAAAAUAAGGAGCAGGGUAGAGGUGGGAAAGUGAAUAUUAUCUUUUCACCUAUCCCUGCUCCUGCCCUCUCCCCCGACAGCUGCCUCUUUCUCCAAAUCAAACAUGGCUGGUCAAAUAAACGAUUGAUUACUUUUUAGCAUUAACUUGCCCUAAUUAAACUAGGCUAGCCUAGGCUAACUUGCCCUAAUAAUACAAGGCUAGUUUAGGGACUGAUAUUUUGUUUGUAGGUUAUUGGUAAGGGUGCAGAUGAAACAGGUUAUGAAGAAAGAUACCUUAUUGCUACAAGUGAACAGCCAAUUGCUGCAUUUCAUCGAGGUGAAUGGAUGGCUGCAAAUGAACUUCCCAAGAAAUAUGCUGGAUUCUCGUCAUGCUUCAGACAAGAAGCAGGGGCUCAUGGAAGGGACACUCGUGGCAUCUUUAGGGUACAUCAGUUUGAAAAGGUACAUUUGAUCCAGAUAAUAAAUCAUGAUGAUCUACAAUUGAGGAUUAAGAGUGCUCUUUUACUUAAAAUCUUGUGAAACGCAAGUUUGGCUUUCAGCUCGAGGCCUUUAAAAACCACAAUGUAAAAGUGUGAGGCAGAAUAAUUUUUGCAAGAGGAUAUGUAUUACUAAAAACUUUGUGAUUGAAUUAAACGCUGUAUUUACUUCAAAGAACAGAACAUUGUGAAGGCAACAGGUCCUCCUCUCUCAUAGCAAUGAGUUAUUUCAGUUUGUUUUUUGAUGUAAUGUAUUUUUUUGUUAGGUGGAGCAAUUUGUUAUCUGUUCUCCUCAUGAUGGUAUUUCUUGGCAACUUUUUGAUGAGAUGAUUGCAAGUGCUGAGGAAUUUAAUCAAGCUUUAGGAAUUCCUUACAGAAUUGUAAAUAUUGUUUCUGGUAGGUAACACUUGUAGUUUCUGUGUUUAAUCAAGUUGUUCCCAAUCUGAUCGGUUAAUUUUCACAACUGUAGGUGAACUCAACAAUGCAGCCGCCAUGAAGUACGAUCUGGAAGCUUGGUUUCCAGGUAGCGGUGCUUUCCGUGAAUUAGUUUCUUGCUCAAACUGCACGGAUUACCAAGCAAGAAGAUUGCAAGUUCGUUUUGGACAAACCAAGAAAAUGGGAGCGCAGGUAAACAAUCAGCAUACGGUCAGAAUUGUUGUGUGUGACUUUGAGUAUUCCUGAACACUUCCAAGUGCUCAAAUGCGCCGUUGAAGGAACAGUUAUGGACCCCAGAUAACUUUCAUACUUAAAUUAUUUUGAGAGGUCCAAUUAGACGAAAGAAAUCUGCUUGCAAACAGGAAUCCGUGGGAGUCCAGUUUUGCUGGCGGAUUUGAACCGAGACGUAUUUACCCAUUACAGGAACUGACCAGAGUCCAAAUCAUGCACAUUCUUUCUUUGUCCUCACAGUCCUGUUGCUGAAAAUCUUGCAGGAUACGCGUUACUAUUAUGGUGGUAGUUGACAUCAAAAUAAAGUAACAAAUUUUGCCCCUAAAACCCCUUUGACUUGACCUCACUGUAAUUUUCAGACAAAUUGGAACCACCUUACUAUUUGUUUGGGGAUUUACCUGGGUGGACCUUUCUACAAAUAUGAACAUUCAAGGUUCCGUCAACGUGUAUCCGAUUUUGUUUGAGAGCGUUUUUUUCCUCCGUUAAAAAAAAAUACCCUUGCUCAUACGUUGCGUUUUUGAAUGAUUUUUAAUAAUCCACAGGAAAACGCAACAGUGACUAGAAUUCUCUCUUCACUCUUCUUGGAUGACUAUUUGGUAGACAAAGUUCUCGCUCCGCGCACUCCUACUUCCUGGUCAAACCCUAAAUCGUCGAAGCCUUGCUUGUUGAAAUCGAGUUCAUUGUUUCGUGCCUCCUGUUAUGAACACGGGAAAUGGACGAAACCUGAUUAUGUCACUGCGUCUUCUUGCAUCAUCGACUUACACAUUUAACAUAGCAAAACGCAACUUAAAACAUACAAUGCAUAAUGCUUGUAAGAAGCUAUACUAGGAGUGAAACAAACUCAAUGCUUCUGUCUGCCUGGUGGACUUUUCUAGUGCGCGGCAUAGACUGUAUCUAACACUGUCUAGUAAUCCUGUUCAGAAACCUUAGUGCAGCAAAAUAGUGUUUUUAAAAAUCUCCGCACCUGAGAACGUUUUUGAAAAAAGAUGCCUUUGCAGUGACCGUUUUCCCUAGAUACGAGUGAACAAAAUACCAAACCGGAGGAAAAAGUCUCCGUUUUCAAACAAGAACGUGUGCGUGUGAACGGGGCCAGAGUGAACAAGUUAAUCGUGGUUGUUUUUUCCCCUCUGUUUUACGGGUCAAACCCAGUCUCCAUAGGAGCUACUCGGCGGGAGGGUUUUAGGGCUACAGGGUUAUCCUUUUGUAGCAAUUACAAAAUGGUUUACAAGCCUUAUAUGUAGACUAUUUUUUUUCUCUAGACGGAAUACGUUCAUAUGCUCAACGCUACGAUGUGCGCUGUGUCGAGAACCAUUUGUGCGCUAUUAGAGAAUUAUCAAACAGAAGAAGGAAUCGCUCUCCCCCCUGUUCUGAAGCCUUUACUUCCCGAAGGCUUGGAAUUUAUUAAAUUCGUCAAACCAGCUCCAAUUGACGAGAAACCAGAGGCGAAGAAACAGAAGAAAAAGACGAAAAAUAAAGCUGGCAGCCAGAGUGAGGGAUGUUUAGAGGCUAAAAUGGAAAACAUGGGCGUUGGCAAAGAGUGAACACUGAAUUCUCAAGAAAUCAAUUGGCUUUGCUUAGUGAAUGGCCUUGUUGCACGAUGGCAAUUGGCUUAAUAUCUAACUAAGUAGUUUGUGUAGGUGGCACAAGCAAAAAUUUAUGUUCCCCCCUUAACUCUGCUUCUUUAAACAAACCUUUUAACUUGACUUCAAUGUAAGAGUAACGAUGUUACACUCACUUCAUGAGAUAGUGGUUCUCUGCGGUCAUCACAAUUUUUUCCACCAGUAAAUUCACACAAGAAAACAAACAAGCGACAGCCGGUAGGUAAGUCUGUGGACACUUUACCAAUCACAGCCGUGAUAGUUGCGAUAACUUUUUUAACAGUUGACAUCAAGCGUCUUCUUCCGUCAGCUGAGUGUAAGAUCCUCACUCUCUAUAGAAUGAGUAAACGUAAAAAUAUUGUUACUUAAAUUACGGCAUUAGCGAAAGGUACGGUUAACUAGACUGCAGAAAAAAAGUUGAUUGUAAGCUGUAUUUUGUUUGUGUUUAGUUAAAUUAAUUAAACAUCCGGUGGAAAAGCGGGACAUCGUGUUCACCCGUUUAAUAAGUGCAAGAUGUUAGGUUUGUUUUUCUAACUGAGACCAUUAGUCAGAUAUUAAGAAACCCAACCAAAAAUUUCCUCUUAAGGUUUACAACAAUGUAAGCCCAAACUUCGAGUAGGUAUGCCCUCGCUAAACUCGAAGACAGCUAAGCUCAGACAAACGUGGCGAUUCGUAAAGUCAGAUUUGUGUUUGAAGUCUAUUUUUCUUUCAUCUCGAAAAAUGGUAUUUAAAGCAACGGUGCCAAUUAUAACUUGUGAAAAAAUUUCAUUUAUAUUACGAUUUGCGCGUUGAACUUGAAAAUCGAUCGAGAGAACUUGAGUAUAGGUCUGAGG